CCUGCUGCUGCUGCUGCUGCUAGUACAUAACACGCAGCUCGUGCCUCUUUUUGACUUCGACAUCAUCAUGCCAAUGCUCCAUCCUCUUCUCCCACCUCGACGGACCUGAGCAAUUGAAAGAUGCUGCGACAGUCCUUCAGGGCCUUUGCCCGCACGGCGUCAGUCAGACGGGCUGCUGCUGCGAGGAGCUACGCCACGUUCAACUGGGAGGAUCCUCUCAAUGCGAAGAACCUGUUUACCGAGGACGAGCUGGCCAUAGCAGAAACCGCAGAGCGGUACUGCCAGGAGCGGCUGCAGCCUAGGGUCCUGCAGGCCUACCGCGACGAACACUACGAUGCCAAGAUCCUCGAGGAAAUGGGCGAGCUGGGCCUGCUGGGCUCCAGCAUCAAGGGCUACGGGUGCGCCGGCGUGUCCUCGGUGGCCGGCGGCCUCAUCACGCGAGCGGUCGAGCGAGUCGAUAGCGGCUACCGGUCGGGCAUGUCGGUGCAGUCGUCGCUCGUCAUGGGCGGCAUCUACGAGUUCGGCACCGAGGAGCAGAAGGAGAGGUUCCUCCCGGAGAUGGCCAGGGGCAAGCUCAUCGGCGCCUUUGGCCUGACGGAGCCCAACCACGGCAGCGACCCGGGCAGCAUGGAGAGCGUCGCGAAGCCGCACCCGACCAAGAAGGGAUACUACUCGCUCAGCGGGGCCAAGACGUGGAUCACCAACAGCCCCAUUGCCGACGUGCUGCUGGUCUGGGCCAAGCUGCAGGAGACGGGCAAGAUCAAGGGCUUCCUGGUCGAGAGGAAGGACUGCCCGCCGGGCACGCUGCAGACGCCCGCCAUCAAGGACAAGAACGGGCUGCGGGCGUCCAUCACGGGCAUGAUCCAGAUGGACGAGGUGCCGGUGCCCGAGGCCAACAUGUUCCCCGACGUCGAGGGCCUCAAGGGGCCCUUUAGCUGCCUCAACAGCGCGCGGUACGGCAUCUCGCUGGGCGUCAUGGGCGCCCUCGAGGACGCCAUCGCCAGGGCGCGCACGUACGCGCUGGAGCGCAAGCAGUUCAAGGGCAACCCCCUGGCGCGGUACCAGCUGAUCCAGAAGAAGCUUGCCGACGCCGUCACGGACGCCGCGUACGGCACGCUGGCGGCGGUGCAGGUGGGCAGGCUCAAGGACGAGGGCAAGGUGACGCCGGAGAUGAUCAGCAUGGUCAAGCGGCAGAACUGCGACUCGGCGCUGCGCAACGUCCGCGUGCUGCAGGAGAUUUUCGGGGGCAACGCCGUGAGCGACGAGUAUCACAUUGGAAGGCAUGUGGCCAAUCUGUUUGUGACGCAGACGUACGAGGGACAGAGCGAUAUUCACAGUUUGAUUUUGGGCAGGGCAAUUACCGGCAUCCAAGCUUUUGUGUAG